AACAAUCAAAUACUUCCUCUUUAUAAUAUUAUUAGUAAGUAUAAAUAACAAAUCUUAGUAAUAACAACACGCAUCCGCACAAAAUCCAAAAGCGUCAAGCGUAGCAAUCAAAGCGUGAAACGAAACGCAACUGUCAAACAAACCCAGAGUAUUUCGAUUUUAUUUAUUGCAUAGAAAAAUAUUAUUUAUAAAUGAAAACUUAACUUAUUUACUGUGAAAUGGAAACCUCGGGAGCACCCGCGAAGGGCAAAGGCCCUAUCAUAGACCCCGCUUUGUGCCGCUGCUGUAGAUCUAUAAAGAAAUGUCGUCUACUAACUACGGAAUAUGAGUGGAUGGGCACCAAAGAGAUUUAUUCUGAAAUGUUUAUGGACUGUUUUGGGUUACUCUUAUCGCAUCUGGACGGUGAUACCAAGGACAGUUGUGUGUGCGCGACGUGCGUGGUGAGGCUGAGGGACGCGUGCGCAUUCCGUCAGCAGGUGCUUCAGAGUGAGGAGGCAUUCCUCAGCAUGAGACUGCAUCCUAAAGAAGAUGACAUCAAUGAUGAUAGCAAAGUAGAGGUUGUGGUCAAAGCAGAGCCUCUCUAUGAAGAUGACUCAGAUGGAAUGGACCGAGAUGACUUGCCUGAUGAUGAUAUGACAGAUUCUCUGGACACCAAAUUAGUUGACGUGAAAGAUGUGAAGCUGGAUGAGGUGCCCGUGUCAGGUCGGACGCGAGCUAAGAGAGUCACCGUCAAGAGGGAGCUGGUCACCAAGAUGAAGGAGCUGACUGCGAAGCUUGAUGACAUGCUGGAGAAACCUGCGAACAUCCCAGUGAAAAAGGAACUCAAGGAAAAAAUUAAGAAAAAACCGGAACUAGACCACGACUUUAUGGUUUAUUCGAACGCAGUGACCAUAGUGCACAACUCUUACGUUUGUCCGUUCCAGAAUCGAAUAUCGAUUUAUUAUUGCUUUUACUGUCGAGACCAGUUUACGAAUCCAACAGAAUUAAGAGAACACACAUUAACACACGACCCCGUAGAACACUUCCAAGCGACCAUGGAAAACCGUAAAAUACCGAAAAUAGACAUCACUAGAAUCGAUUGUAGGUUAUGCAACGAAAAAAUCGAUGAUCUCGAAAUCUUCAAAAAGCACAUCACUAACGUCCACGGAAAAAACGUUUACCCCGUCACUAAUGAGUUCUUGAAAUUCAAACUGACUUUAGAUAAUUUAGUAUGUACGGAGUGUAACAGCGCCUUUCCAUACUUCGACGUUUUAAAAAAACAUAUGAUCGAUCAUUUCGGUACAUAUAUAUGUGACGUCUGUGGCGCUUGCUUUUUGGAACGGAACUCUUUAAGAACGCACAUAAAAUCACAUUCUAAAAUCGAAGAAAGCUUUCCAUGCGAAAUAUGCGGGAAGAACUUGAAAUCGAAGUACAGUCGGUACCUACACGUCGCCACAGUUCACGAGAAAAAACCAACGGUCAAUUGUUACAAAUGCGAAGCGAGCUUCCUCUCUUACGCGUUGAGAAACCGCCAUUUGAUCGAAGUCCACGGCGACAAACGGACGUUCGCUUGUAAAUUAUGUGAUAAAGUUUAUAAUAGACGAAAAACUCUCAUGGAACACAACAGAAGGAAUCAUUUAAAAGUAUACAGACACCAGUGCGAUCUGUGUGACCAGCGGUUUUAUUUACCCUCCCGUUUAAAAGAGCACAUGGCAACACAUACUGGGGAAAGGAAUUUUAGAUGUGAAUUCUGUGAUAAAAGUUAUCCUAGACUACAAUCUUUGCAGGAACAUAUUCGGUCGCAUAGCAACGAAAGAAGGUAUAAAUGUGACUUGUGUAAUUCAACUUUCACUCAAAAUGGGAGUUUGAAGAAUCAUAUGAAAAGUCAUCAUCAAGGAUAUGAUAUUGAUAAUAAUUUUAGUUGAAAAUGUUAAGGGAUCGGUUCAUCAUCAUCCUAGUCUUUUCCCAACUAUGUUGGG